AUGGCCUCUUUAACUUCAUCCGUCGCGUUCGCGAUCAAAUCCUCGCCGAAGUUGUCCUCGAAGACCAACUCCAGAGCGCAAUUUACGAACAACAACAAAUCUGCCUCCUCUUUUGGGAGAAAAAAUCAAUCGUUCCAAAUCGUGCGCGCGGAAGGCGAGGCGGCUCCGGCGUGGUCCGCCCCGAAGUUGGACCCGAACACUCCGUCUCCAAUCUUUGGCGGUUCCACCGGUGGUUUGUUGAGAAAGGCGCAGGUUGAAGAGUUCUACGUCUUGACGUGGGAAGCGAAGAAAGAACAAAUCUUUGAAAUGCCGACUGGUGGUGCGGCGAUCAUGCGCAAAGGCCCGAACCUCUUGAAGCUCGCGAGAAAGGAGCAGUGCAUGGCUUUGGUGACUACGUUUCGCGCGAAGAAGAUCGCGAACGGCUGCAUCUACCGCGUCUUCCCGUCCGGCGAAGUGCAAUACUUGCACCCGAAGGAUGGCGUCUACCCGGAAAAGGUCAACGCUGGUCGCGUUGGUGCCAACCAAAACAUGCGCUCCAUCGGUAAGAAUACCAACCCGGUCAACGUCAAGUUCCAAGGUAAGGGCACAUUUGACGUAUAA